AUGGCGACUUCUCCUACGUUGCGGAUGGACUGGGUUUAUUACCUUCCUGGCAAUCAAAAUUGGGCCGACUCCGUGUUCAACAUCUACCAAAAAGCGAAGGACUCGGAUGACCGCAAUAUCACUGUCUCUCUGCCAUACCAAUGGAAUCAGUUAUCAAUUGACUUCAAUGUACAGAAAGAAUGUUACGACACAAAAUCUCUGUUCGGUUACUCUACUACGAGAUAUGGACCUUCCACUGCAAACUUAUACGGGUGCGCCGCUAUCGCGACCUCGGCAUUCCUUAUGCAGAGUGAGAAAAUCAUAAUCGACAAGACUGUCAACGAAACGCUUUCAACAGUGAACUUGGACUCCUUAAAGGAUUUCAAUGCCACGCGGGUCUUCGAGCAGAUUUUUGGCUGUAUCGAACAAUCCUGCAGCAAAAAAAACCCUUUGGGAGAGUGCGAUGCCGGCGUCGCGAGGCUCACGCGAAGCCAAGUCAAAGCUGAUGAACUGGAUAAGAUCUUGGACCCCCUCCAAAACUUGUGCUCCGUCCUAUCAAAAGGACCGGAAGCCGACAUUGCUGGUCCCGGUAUUGCAGUCUCCUACUACAUACAAGUUGCAUUGAGCAUCUGGUUCUUCAUCUUCUGCGGUCUGCUCCCUCACCAGCCCGACUCUUCCACCUUUUUCGGCACGUUACUUGUUUUCAGGUGGUUCUUCAGGCUUUUUCGCAAGCGCCCAGAGACCGAGAUGGAUCGCUUGCGCUCGACCUUGGCGCACCUACGCUCGACUCGGUUCUCCGUGGCCUUGUGCUCAACCAUGAUCGAGUUCCAAGAAACGCAGGCCUUUUUCGUCAUGGCUAUUGAAACAGCGACGUUGACCAUGGUCAUCAUGAACAGCCAGUCUCUCGCCAUCCGAGUCGACGUCGGUGUCGCCAAGGUAUUCGCGAGUGCCAAUACGCUGCUGGUGCUCAUCACGCAGGCCAUCAUGCAACGCAGAGGCAUGUACUGGUGGUACACAUUCAUACUCACAGUCAUCGUCUACGUCUUGUGCGCUAUUAUACAAAUGAUCAGCCUUCCGACGCCAUCGUUUCUCUCAGAUCCGGACCCAAAAUUCGCGGACUGCGGCGGAAGGCACAGCAUUCUGCAAACGUGUGUGCAGGCUGAAUACGGCGGCGAUUACUACAUCUAUGGCGGGUAUCUCCGAUCUAGUGACCAGAGCAUCCAGUUUUUCAUCUAUACAUCAAUCAUGGUCUUUCUGACAGCGGAUCAUCUGGGCCAUGUCCCUCGUCUCGGCAAAAUGAUGUCCUCGGCAACCCAAGCUCUGAGAGGGCGUAAAAUUCAGAUCCCCGCUUGGGUUCUCAAAACAUUUUCCGUCUUGGGAAAGAUUUUGUGGUUUUUACUAGUGGCUCUCAUGGCUUACACUCUUUUAUUCAACAUUGUUCAAGUACAUAGCUUCGUUCGAGAAACUUUGCGCAGCAAAGAGCAGUGGACUUUUGGCCAGGUUGUGGCGGUUCUGGUUUGGGCACCAGUACUGUCAAAGUACAUCUACUACAAUAUUUUCGGCAUCGAACUCGGCGUUGGCAAGCGAAUAGACGACCAAUACAAGGUCGUACUCAACGAAGAGAAGACACCAUCAACGCCCCCUGGAGCACAAGGACGUUUUGAUUCUUCUAGGAGCUUGGUAGAUGAAAGUAGUUACAUCAGCCUGAGCACCAUGGGGGACGGUCAUGAAGAUCAGAGACCCCCAAGGAUAGAGACAAGGUCAUUUUCAGGAGGGGUUAAGCGCAAACCGUUGCCGUCGAGGGCCGACACUGAGUUGCCCAGAUGA